CUUUAAUCCAUAACUUAUUUUCGUCACGGUCAUGCGACAGAGAUUUCCAAACUAUUCUGGUUAAUAUGUGCCAGCACAUGUAAGAAACGUACAUUGGAAAUUGUAUAAUGCAUUUCGGCCUCUGGAGAAUUUUGGUACUCGCGUAGUUAAUUGAUCUAGGUCAAAAAAGGUCAAUCCGUUAGGCACAAGCCAGGUACAUUAAACUUGUUGCUACUUCCGCGUCUCCUACUUGAAAAGGGCGGAGUGCGGUAUAUUCGUUAAAAAUCGUUCGAUCAAGUAAUACAAUUACACAUCAAGGAUGUCUGAGCCAGAUGCAGCUCCUGUUCUCAAGCCUUCGGCUCAAAGUUUAGACGAAGCUAUCGCUGAUAUUGAAUCUUUACCUACACUGCCGCCAAUUGCACAGCAGCCUUGUAUCGAGGCGCAGUCGAAAUCGUUGACGUACACAGCCAACUAUGACACCAACUUUGAGGAUAGAAAUGGAUUUCUCACUGGCAUCGCAAGAUUCAUGGAAGAAGCCACUGUUCAUUCACAGUUGAAUGAACUUUUAGAAGAAGGACAUGGCUAUGCUGUAAUGUUGUAUACUUGGAGAAGUAUUAGCAGAGCUGAACCGAAGGUUUGUGACGAAGAAAGAGAUGAAGUGAGUGAAAAACUGAUUGAGAUAUUGGAACCGGAAAUAAAUAAAUUAUAUGACUUGAUGAAUUUUCAGAAAAAAGCAAUUGAGAGAUUUUGUGGUGAAGUUAAAAAUCUUUGCCACCAAGCACGAAAAAAUGAGUUUGUCUCUGAGGCCUACUUACUGACACUUGGAAAAUUCCUCAAUAUGUUUGCUGUGUUAGAUGCUCUGAAAAACAUCAAAGCCAGUCUGAAAAAUGAUCAUGCAAGAUACAAAAGAGCAAAGCAGUCAUUGAAGCUGACCAAUCCCGCCGAUCUAGAUGAGUCGCAUACUCUAACGAUGUUUCUCGCAAACAGAGAUGAUAUUACGAACAAUUUACAGGCAAAUCUUGAGAAGAUAUCCGGAUAUGAGGAUCUGCUUGCAGAUAUCAUCAAUAUCUGCUCUUAUCAGUACGAGUCUAAGAUGUAUCUAUCACCCACAGAGAAACAUAUCCUACUUAAGGUGAUGGGAUUCUGUUUGUCCAUUUUGGAUGGUACUGUGGUGAACAUUUACAAGAUGGAUUCCAAGAAAAAGAUAAACCUCUCUAAAAUUGACAAGUUCUUUAAGAAUCUGGAGGUUGUGCCCUUAUAUGGAGAUAUGCAAAUAACCUUAUUUACAUACAUACAAAGAGGUCGUAAUUAUGAAGACAAUAAAUCCCGAUGGAGUUGCAGCGGUAACACAGUACAGUACAAUAUACUGGAACACUUGAAUGUCAUACGGUCGGAGCACACUACGUAUAUUGCCGAUUUGACGAGAUACGGCAGUAAGGAGGUAUCUUCCAAAAAUAAACAAAAGUCUCUUGAAGAAAACAGAGCGCUGUACAACUUGGCUUUGAGAGGAUUAAAGCUCCUAGCAAGCUGGACGGCUCAUGUUAUGGAACUGUUCUCCUGGAAGUUAGUACACCCUGUGAGUGAUCUAAUCAGUGAGAAGAUAUGUCCUAAAGGAGCUGAAGAAUAUGAAAGGGCUACCAGAUACAACUACAGCAGUGAGGAGAAAUUUGCAUUGGUGGAAGUGAUUGCCAUGAUAAAAGGACUACAGCGACUUAUAAGCCGCAUGGAGAAUGUAUUUACGGAUGCUAUCCUUUCUACAGUGUACACAGAAAUACAGAUCUACACUCAGAAAUCACUUCGCGAACCACUGAGGAUAGCUACUAAGAAGAAAAAGACACUAUUAUUAACUAUACUGAGGUCAAUUCGAGACACCAGUGCUGAUUGGCUGCAUGGCGUUGAGCCAUCCAAUGACCCAGCUUUGAAAGGUGAAAAAGAUCCAAAAAGUGCACCACCAUUCUCAAUUGAUAUAGGCAAGAAAAGAGUGGGCCCAUCAACAACACAGCUGUAUAUGACUCGUACAAUGUCUGAAUCAUUAAUCACUGAUAGAAGCAUUGGGGGUAAAAAAACUAUCAAAAAGGAUCUUGAUGGGUCGUCUCUGGUCGCCAUUGAAAACUUCCACAGACGCUCGUUCUUCUAUAACCAUAUGCUGAACUUUGCAGAGACCUUACAAAAAUGCAGUGAUUUGUCUCAGUUCUGGUACAGAGAAUUUUAUUUAGAAAUGACUAUGGGUAACAGAAUACAGUUUCCUAUUGACAUGUCAAUGCCAUGGAUAUUAACAAAUCAUAUCUUGGAAACUAAACAGCCAGAAAUGAUGGAAUAUGUGUUAUAUCCGUUGGAUCUGUACAAUGACAGUGCUCACUAUACGCUUAAUUUCUUCAAAAAACAGUUUCUCUAUGAUGAAGUGGAAGCAGAGGUGAAUCUGUGUUUUGAUCAAUUUGUUUACAAGUUAAGUGAUCAGAUAUUUGCAUAUUAUAAACAACAAGCUGGUUAUUUGUUGUUGAACAAGAAAUUCAAGAAUGACUGGAACAAAUUUUAUACUGAAAAGGAGAAGAAAUUGUUGUCGUCACAGACUCAAGGCUCAAUAAGAUACGAACCAUUACUUAAACAACGACAUGUACAGAUAUUGGGUCGAUCUGUAGACUUGAACCAAUUGAUCAGCCAGCGAGUUCAAGCGUCAUUACAGACUGCAUUGGACUUGGCCAUCAGUAAAUUUGAAAGCAGUGAUCUGACUGGAAUUAUUGAGCUUGAAGCAUUGCUGAACGUGAACGAACUAACCCAUAAACUGUUGGCUAAAUAUAUGAAAUUGACAAAAUUCAGUGAAAUGUUACGAGAAGCCAACCGCACCGUACAAGCACCGUAUGGAAGGAUCACUCUGCACAUAUUCUGGGAGCUCAACUCUGAGUUUCUACCAAAAUAUUGCUACAAUGCCUCAACAGACAGAUUUACCAAAGCAAAAGCUGAUAUCUUGCUUCUCACUACAUCAGACGAAUCAGAGAGAGAAAAAGCACCCUCAGCCAGGUCACAUUUUUUCUUUGGGUCAAAGAUUCUGAAUGUUGCAUACAGUAAGAUAUGCAGCCUUUACACGAAUUUCAUUGGAUCUCAGCAUUUCCAUUCUAUGGUUAGAUUAUUAGGUUACCAUGGCAUUGCUGUCAUCUUAGAAGAAACACUCAAGACAAUGAAGAAUAUUAUUCAAGGUGUUAUAAUGGAUUAUGUCAAGGCAUUGAUGGAAGCUAUGCCCAAGUCAUGUGGACUGCCAAGAUCUGAAUAUGGAUGUGUAGGCAUGCUGGGAUUUUAUGAAGCCAAGCUGAAUUCCAUCCUACAAUAUCCUGACUUGAGAACCUUAGUAUUCCAGAAAUUUCGAGAACUUGGAAAUGCUAUUUUAUUUUGCCGCAUAUUAGAACAAAGUUUAACUAAAGAAGAACUCAAUGACUUGUUGUUGGCGGCACCAUUCAGAAAAGUGUUUCCAAGACCAUAUGUCAAGUCAAAAGAUAGUGAAAAGGUUGAAGCAAAACUGAAAAACCUCGAGAAAAUGCACAAGUCAAUGAAUGUUGUAUCAGUUAUUGAUAAACUGGGAACACAAAAGCAAAUCAAGUUGGUCAAGGAUUCUCAUUUACUGACUCGGGAGAGACUUUGCAUUGGAUUGUCGCUAUUCAAAGUGAUUCUGGAAAAGAUCCAGGAAUUUCUGACAGAUGCAGUGUGGAAUGGAGUGAAGAAACCAGCUAAUGAUGUUAUGAAUGUUGACGAAUGCGUGGAAUUUCACAGACUAUGGAGUGCCAUGCAGUAUGUGAUUUGUCUACCACUGGGAGAAAAUGAGUUAUUUGUAGAGGAAGGCUUUGGUGAAGGUCUUAACUGGGCUGGUUGUACAAUAAUACGACUGUUAAAACAACAGUACAGGUUUGAAGCGUUUGAUUUCUGCUAUCACAUCAAGAAAAUACACGAGGUUGAAAAGAAGGACGAGAAUGUGAGGGGAGUGUCGGUGAAGAGAAUGGUGAAAAGAAUUGAACGAUUUCAAACACUCAACAAUGAGAUUUUUGCUUCAUUGGACAAAUUUCUUGGCUCUCAUGACACUGAUACUAAACUCCCACUCAGCGAAGUGCGACAUUUCCAGCCGCCAGAAAAACCAGAAGGAGACGAUGUUGAUGUUAACGUUGACGUUGAUACGGAUGAUGAAUAUGACUGAGUGAUUCAAAGUCUUCAAUAAAACCAUUCCAAUGGUAAUCU